UUUGAAACCUGAUGCCUUCUUCCUGGCCUGAUGUGUGGGCAGGAAGGGAGGUGCAAGAGGUGUCUCAUUGUGCACACGGCAGCUGGAAAGAAAACUUACAGCCAUUAACUUUCCAAGAAGACACUGAGGCAAGGAAAAACUCGGUUUAGCCCUGAUUCCCUCUGAAGCUCCUGUGCCCUGGAGACUUCCAACUCCAGACACGCAGGAAAUGAGCUUCUCCAGGAGAAAAGGUUUCUACAAGCAGGAAGUAAACAGGACAGUCUGGGAACUACCUAGGCGAUACACUUCCAUUGUUCCUGUGGGAUCUGGGGCUUAUGGAUCUGUUUGUUCAGCAACAGACAAGAAAACAGGGGAGAAAGUCGCUAUCAAGAAGCUCUGUCGCCCAUUCCAGUCUGAGAUCUUUGCCAAGAGAGCCUAUCGAGAACUCACACUGCUGAAGCACAUGCAGCAUGAGAAUGUCAUUGGAUUACUUGAUGUUUUCACAUCAGCUACCUCCUUUGAUGGAUUCCAGGAUUUCUAUCUGGUGAUGCCUUACAUGCAAACUGAUUUACAAAAGAUAAUGGGACAUCAGUUCAGUGAGGAAAAGAUCCAGUAUCUCAUCUACCAGGUGCUGAAAGGGUUAAAGUAUAUUCAUUCUGCUGGAAUCAUUCACAGAGAUCUGAAGCCUGGCAAUUUGGCAGUGAAUGAAGAUUGUGAACUAAAGAUCUUAGACUUUGGACUGGCGAGACAUGCAGACUCUGAGAUGACUGGCUAUGUGGUAACUCGUUGGUACCGAGCCCCAGAAGUGAUUUUGAGCUGGAUGCAUUACAAUCAGACUGUUGAUAUCUGGUCUGUUGGCUGCAUUAUGGCAGAAAUGCUGACUGGGAAAACUCUGUUUAAGGGUAAGGACUAUCUUGAUCAAUUGACUCAGAUCUUGAAAGUGACAGGAAGCCCAGGAGAGGAGUUUGUACAGAAGCUGGAAGACAAAGCGGCUAAAAACUACAUACAGUCACUUACAAAGAUUCCCAAAAUGGAUUUAUCUCGACUUUUCCCGAAAGCCAGCCCUCUGGCAGUGGACCUGCUUGACAAAAUGUUGCAGCUGGAUGUGGAGAAGCGCCUUACAGCCAGCCAAGCUCUGGAACAUAUGUUCUUUGAACCAUUUAGAGAUGUUGAAGAAGAAACUGAAGCACAACACUCCUAUGAUGAAUCUCUGGAGGGCGAAAAGCUUUCAAUCAAUGAAUGGAGAAGGCAUAUUUACAAUGAAAUAUUGUCAUUCAGCCCAAUUGCACGGAAAGAUUCCAAGAGAAGAAGUGGUAUGAAAUUGUAAAGUCUGUCUUAUCCAACAUUUGGCUUCCUUUCUCGUGAGACAACAUUUUGACACCAACAAUGGGUAAAUAGUAAUCAGCAUGGAAAAGUCUGUGUAUGGAGAACAAAAGGACAAUGAGUUCAACCUUAGUUUGUAGGCUUCAGCUGCAAAAACAUUAUAUUUGAGAGCCAAAAUGAAUAUUCUUCCCAUUAAAGCCCUUUAUGAU